GAUAGCGCAAAAUCGUCUUUUAGGACAGUGGUUUUCCCACGUCGCAGCGUUUUUGUUUACAUCCUCAUUGCGGUUAGUUUAUUUAUUAUUUUACAACAGAAGGAACACAACUUUACCUUGUUCUCUUGCACGUUUAUAGUAUGAAAGUUUUCGAAUAUGCUUUUGAUCAAUAAUUCACUCUUGGCGUUUCUUGAAUAAACUAUCCUCGACCUUUCAAGCUUUCACCGGCCGCGCCUAUAAAGUGAUCACUUCUACUUUCAUGUGAAACGGUGAAAGCCUCACAAAUUACUCGUUAGUCGCCUCUUUGUCUUCUCCUACACUAUCCUUGAAUUCUCAAUUCUCUAUUCUUCUCCACAAAAACUGUGGCAGACGAGAGUGCAUACUGCACGGGCUGAAGGUCACAACUCAUACAUUUUGCUAACUCAAGGAAAGCAUGAGAGGCAUGGGGAUCAGUUUAGCAACAUGGACUUGUUUAUUGGUCUUAUUGGUUGAACCACAACACUAUAUGGGGUCGCAUUUACCCACCAAGGAAGAGAAUUCCGACGUCAAUGUUUUUAAGAUCAAAUUCACCACUAAAAAAGCCACCAGAAACUCAUAUAUGAUGUUCAUAAAAGAUUUAUAUAACGCAUUGACCGAGCGUGGAGACAGAAAUGGAGAUAUACCAAUUUUGCCUCUUCCUUUAACACCCAGUAAUCCCCAACAAUAUCUUCAUGUAGAGCUCUCGAAUGGCGAAAACAGCAUCACGUUAGCAAUUAAUAUCAGCAAUGUAUAUGUACUGGGGUUUCAAGCAGGUGAAACAGCCUACUUCUUCAAUGAUAUCAAUUCUGCAAUAUAUGAUAUUGUGUUUCCAGACAGUACACGACGCGAGCGUCUUCCAUUUAGGGGAAAUUACAUGGAAAUGCAAAAUGCUGCCAAAACACACAGAGAAAACAUCCCGUUAGGUAUCGGUGUACUAGGCCAAUUCAUCGAAAACUUAUACCAUGUGCAACCAGGUCAGAAUUCGAUCAUUGCUAAAGCUCUUAUAAUUAUGAUCCAGAUGGUCUCUGAGGCAGUACGAUUCAGAAACAUUGAGCGAAAAGUAGUAGCAACUAUAGAUGAUAGUGAUGGAUCUGAAACAUAUUAUGAAGAGUUUUUUCCAGACGGUUUAAUGAUGGAAUAUGAAACAAGUUGGGAUCCGCUCUCCACUGCUGUUCAAUCUGCAACAGAUGGAAUAUUUUCAACAGAAGUGCGGUUGGUUUAUGGUCAAGGUGAAGUUCAAGUUGUGCAAACUGUGAGACAGAUACUUUUCUUUCUUGCAAUAAUGCCGCUUGUAUGCAAAAGAAAGUCGGAAACUAUGGUGGUUUCGCAACAAUACUACUCAAUAAUUAGAAUCCCUCUCCCUCAUUAUAAUCAGCAUCAACAGCAACCUGAUUACUCCUUUUCUUCCUUACAAGAAGCGCGAGGUUAUAAUGAUGGUGAUACUUGUGAUCAGGUUUUAGAGCCCAAGGUGCAUAUCACUGGACCAGAUGGUCUAUGUGUUGCUGUGAACAAUGGAGAUUACCAUGAUGGAAACAUGAUAGUUUUAAACGAAUGUAAAGAUGACCAAGAAAACCAACUCUGGACCUUGAGAACAUGGGAUCAAACGAUUCGAUCUAAUGGAAAGUGUUUAACAACUUACGGGUAUAAGAAAGGAGCUUAUGUAAUGAUCUAUGAUUGCGAAUUGGCGGCUCCUGAUGCCGCCAAAUGGCAAAUUAUGAGCAAUCUUGGAAGGAUAAAAAAUCCCAAAUCCGAGCUUCACUUGACUGCAUCGAAAGAUGCUGCUACUGGCAUAGUUAAAGUCAUAGUUGAUCACUAUCAAUAUGCCUCGAGACAAGUUUGGUUACCUACCAACAUUACAAAACCAACUGUGACCUACAUUGUUGGUAAUCAAUCCCUCUGCUUGACGCAAAACGGAGUUGAUACGGUGUGGAUGCUCUUGUGUCGUCAAAGAAUUUCCGACGAAAGGUGGGCAUUAUACCCAGAUGGUACGAUCAGGCCUAAAGAGAACCAGAAGUUGUGUCUCAAGUAUGAAGAUGGCAAUUUACUUAUCACUCUGGGAACAUGCGGUGGAUGGUCUGAUGAACGUUGGCUUUUUCAGGGCGAUGGCACCAUUUUGCACCUGGCUACAGGUUCAGUGAUAGAUGUCAUAGAAACUCCUAGUCUCUAUCAAAUUACGGCCACUGAUUUUGUCGAAGAUCGUAUCUCCCAAAUUUGGUUUCUUUUUUUUUUUUUUUUUUUUUAUUCAAAGGAGGCCAAGCCAAAAGAAGAAAACAAACAAGAGAAAGAACGAACUAACAAAGUAAGAACAAACCAACAAAAACUAAAACAACUACUGAGGAACUAAACGUGGUGUAGUGACACCACGAGCAUCCUCGAUUACAAUCCUGUGCAACUCCAAAGGAGCCGACUCUAGGACGGCUGCAGCAACAGAUUGAUCCACCCCAUGGUUAGCUAACCAAUCCGCGGCCCGGUUCCCUUCGCGAAAGACGUGAAUCACCUUGACCACCCAAUCUUCUUUGCGAAUUAAAGAUAAGCAAUGUCGAAUGAGAUGGGAACACCCACCACAGCUACUCCUACCGGCAUUUAAUGCUUGAACACAUGAUAGAUUGUCAAGUUGAAUUUGAAGAUGGCUUAUUUGUAGAUUUCUAGCUAGCUCCAGACCUCUUAGUAGAGCCAAAACCUCAGCUCGAAACGCACUACAUCGACCAAAGUUCAGUGUAAGUGCCGAAAUGAAAGUGCCGCAAUGGUUACGAAUGAUUAC